AUGCGUUUAUUAACAAGAAUAUUAUUUACAAUUAUAUUUAUUUUAAUGUUUUACUCAACAAUAAUAGAAGCAGCAAAAUGUAGUUGUUCAUGUUGUUUUGGUAAUUCCUGUAAACCAGAAUCAUUACCAUCAUUACAAGUUGAUAGCUGUUCUAUGUGUGACAGUACAUGUAAAACCGUUUAUCCAUCAAAAUGUGGACGAGAUACCGGUGUAACAAUUGCAGCAUGUAGUUCUGGACUCUCUAUUGGUGCAAUUAUUGGUAUUAUAAUUGGAAUUAUUGGGAUAAUUGUUAUUAUAAUUAUGAUAGUUCGAUUCUUUAUCUGUACACGUCAUUCAAGUUAUAUACAAAGAUAG